ACACUUCAAGGCAGCAGUCCCUAAACAGAGCGGCAGGCAAGGAAACAGGCAUCAUGACCCUAUUUGAGGACACCGUCUACGCUGUCAUGUCCAACUUUAGCGUCUACCACUGAAAAAGCUCAAUCGACAACGGAAUGAGGAGCCUCUAAGGAAGGUUUUUUUUUUUGUUUUUUUUUUUUCCUUUUUCCUCCACAAAGGUCUAAAUUAACUUUCCCGAACACAAGGGAUUUUUUUUUUAUCACCACCAUGAGUGUGAAGAAGAAAAAGGCAGCUCUGGUCUUCAGCUGGCAGAAGUCUCUCUCCAUCCUGGCUCCUUGGAGGAAAGGGAAAGGGGACAUGGUGGUGGACAGUGAGGUUGUCCUAACCAAAAUGAAGCUCUUCAACAACUUUCACGAGACGCUCCUGAUGGCCGACGAUUCUGCGUCCACCAUCUCCAUGGUGUCGGUUUCUGAGCAGGACAUCUCAGAGCCUGUCAAAGCCUCCAAGGUGAAUUCCAACGUUGACAACAUGUCUGGACAGCCUCUGAUGGAGUCAAGCUCAGACUACCUGUCAGCCAUCUUCUCGGACUCUCAGCUGCCCAGGCUGUACAAAUUUGAGUCAGAGGACUCUGGAGUGGAGCUGCCCAGUGGAGCCAACUCACCGUCCACCCCAACAGGCUCUGAACAGAGCUUUGUGGUUCACAGCCGAGAGUCCUCCUGUGACUCCUGCAACUUGAACUCUGAUCCUACCAUUAUGCCUGAGACACUAAUCACACAUGAACAGAGCUCUGAGAUCAAACAGGCCUCAGCGGAUAGCACUCUGAUUGCAACUGUGGACACUCAGGAGAAUGUUCCUUUAACAUCAGAGGAACUCAGCUCCUCAGUUAAGAGGGUAGACUUGCACAUAACUGAGGAUAUGGAUAUGGACCAUUGCAGAGCUUUUGGAAGCCAAACUGAAAAAGAUGAAGAGAAGUCUGAGCAGCUUGAGGAGAGUAAUGAUGUGACUGAAAGGGUCUACUCCGAAGAUACGAGGCCUAGGAGCCAGUCCUCAACUGAAGCCUGUGAUGACAUGACAGGCCAUGAGUUUGAGCAGAGGCCUUUAAGGAAGAGCACCACGAGUGACAGUCUUGAGGAGUACAUGGAGGAAUGCUGUAGGCUCAGUGAGGUCCAGCAGGCGAGCUCCAACCCGCUGGGCUCAGGCCUGGGCUACCUGGAGCACAUCUGCCAGCUCAUCGAGAAGAUCGGCCAGCUUCAGGAGGCCAACCUCCGGCUGCAGAGGCACAUCUGUGGCCUGCAGAAGGACAGCAGGAUGACCAAGACCAAAGAGGACUUUUUCCAGCAGCACUGCAGUUGUGGUGCAGCCAGCCUGGCCUUCCACGACGCGCUGAAGAGACACUCCCGAAGUGAGUUUCUGUCAUCCAGCGGGACGCUCUCUGACCUGUCCACCAUCCCCGAGGUCACCCGCCAUCAGCCACCCAUCAUCUCACCCAGGAGAGAUGUGAGGAGUGAAGGUUUAUGCCAGCCACUGACUCCAGUACCACUGUGGAGGAGAGGGCUGAACCGGAGGAGUUACACUGAGGGGGAGGUCCGCUUCCUUGGUGACAGCACCGAAGGGCUCUCCAUCCCCCAGCGAAGGCUGAGUGAAAAUUACACAUGGGGCCGAGUCAAAGACCUGGUGAAGAAGACUAAGCUGAGAAACCAGGGCAGGCUGGGACUGACCUCCACCUCGCUGAAGAUGUCCUGUCCGCAGCUCUACAGGCCUGAUCUGGGACCAGUAGAACUUCCUGCCAGAAACAGGAACUCUAUGAUCGCCUUAGGCCACCAGAGCAAACUGGACUUCCCUUGGCUACAAUAACCACAAAGAUAUGAUCCAGAUGGCCUCGCCCGGGAAGAGGAGGACGACACCGUCAAGUUGCACAGAGACUCAAGACUGGAAGAGAAAUGGCAGUGAAUGACCGCAGAUGGUGCGAAAAAGAAUGAAGAAAAAGAAAGGAUCAACGCGGAGGACUCUUAAAAACGUUCUAAUUUGAGGGAUGAUGUUGCACGUGAGGGAAUAUUUACUGUAAAUUGCAGUGUACAUGGAAAUUAUCCUAAGUCUGAUGUUUUUCUUGUUGUUUUUUUUUUUUCAGUGAUGCUGAUGUUAUAAAAUUAAGAUGGUGACGGCUACUACACAGUAUCCAAAACGAGACAUUUUUAGAACUGCAUUACACAUGGUAGCCGUUUUGUUUUGUGCCUUAGAUAUUGUAAUAUUCAUUCACCUGGUAAAAUUGCCUUUAUUUUAAUAUUCAUGAUUUUUUUUUUUUUUUAUACAAUUUACACCAGAACAGGUUUCCAUUAGAGUGCUGCAAAGUGUAGAUAAAACUACACUGACCCAACUAAUGUGAAACAUGCACAUAUUUCAUACCUGUACCAUUACAGGUAUGUGUUAUCUUGUUAAUGUGUUAAUGUACUAUACACAAGUGGAGGACUGGAUUGUACAGUGCCCGUGUGCAUGUGUGUGUGUGUGUGUGUGUGUGUAUGUUGUGGAACUCAAGUGCAUGUUGAGUGCCUGUGGAGUAAGUGUGUUUAACAGUGGAGGAGACAGGCCCUGGUGAAUUCCAGUGUUUAUGGUUAAUACAUCAUGUUAACGUAUGAGUUUAAGAUGACACGUCAGAUAGCGAGCGCUGCCUCACCGCAGGCUGCCGUCUGAUCUUACAUAACGUUGGACAUACUUCUAAUAUGUUAUCAUUUUUCUCCAGAUAUGAAAUUCUCGGCCAUCAGUCAAACAGUAGGCUGCCGUAACAUUUUCUUUUUUAAUUUUCCACCCAUAAAUGCUGAUGAUAGGAGGCCGCUGGGAAACAUUCAUCUUUUGAUAUUACUAGCAGGUAUAUUUCACGGCUGAGACGUGCUUUAAUGCACACAUGUGGAGCAAAGCUUGCGCCUGACAAGUUAAGCAUUAAGAUUUUUUUUUUCUUGCACACGUUGCAUCACUGACAUUCUCUUGUCUCACUGCAGACAAGAUGCAGGAAUCAUGAGUUAUAAUAAUCCAGAGAGCGGAGGCUGAGCACCACUCGGUUCAAAUUAAAGUAAUAAUCUACAAAGUUUUCAUAUGAAUGCAUCUUUUGAUGCUCUCUGUUACUGGCUAAUAUUUAACAUUCAUUCAGUUUACAGCCAGUUCAUGAAAGCUUUUCCACUUGCUAUUUUCUCCAUUCACUUCCACAGCAAAACAGCCCCCAAAAUAAUAGUUUUAGCAGACUAACAUGUGUGAAAAAAGGGAAUUAUGUCAAUAUAAAAAAACACAAGUUCUGGUACCCAUUUUUUUUAAUAUAUAUAUAUAGGCUAAUUACAAUUAUUUGUUACAGUACUGUCAUUUCUACAUGGUGCUAGGUACCUGCAGAUGCUACCUGCUGGAUAUACUUUCCAGUUCAGAUGAGAAAA